UCUUCAGCUUUUCUUUCAUAUUUUUUUUUCUCUGUUUAUCAGCCAGAGUGAAAGUAAUAAAUCUUUGCCACUAGCCAGCCAUUAUUAUUAGCCUCUGCUUCAGGGUCUAUUAAUAUUCGGAAUAGUGAGAAAAUCUCCGCUCCAGAUAACAGGUGCAAGGCUGGAAAAAUUUCACCCCAUAACUGACCUAUAAUCAUUGUUGGUUAUAAUCAACAUUUAUAAUCAGUCAUAACUGAUCAAUUGGACGAGACGAUGGCUGGAUGGAUGCGAGCAGGGACUCUGUGGAUGGUGAUUUUCUGUUUGGGUGGUGCGCAGUCCGAGGAUAAACAAAAAUGCAAAGUUACGUCCGAUCGGCUAGUGUCUAACUCCAGCAGCAAAGCAUCUAUCCCCUGUCCCUCCCGCGAUACCAACUACACAGAACAGAAGUACCAUCUCUUUCUCAACAACAGUCUCAUCUACACUGUGGAGCUAAAUAAGAAGGAGCACUCUGUUUUUGAUGGAGAGGUUUGGUUCAACAGUGGACACUAUUCCAACAAUUUUCAAGUCAGAGCCAAUGGAGGCGGACAGUAUCAGUGCAACAUUGAGAAUCUCUUUCCUCCUCCACACAAAGAGGAAUGUCAGACCACUGAAGUGGUGGUUGUGGAAGAUUCACCAGACAGUGGUCACCUACCCACUCAGAGCUCGCCAGAGGGUUCUCUGUCAACCGUGCUACUGUUAGUUGCAUGUGGAGUCCUGAUGAUUUACAGCCUAUCUAUAACCUGCAUUGCUUUUAAUCUAUGGAGGAAGUUGAAGCAUGAGGAAGAGCUCCAGAAUGACUACAUGAACACCAAACCAGGAGAGUUCAGUAGACCCCGCAAAGUCUAAUUACAACACUGUCAGACCCAGGUUUUUGGGGGGAUCCCAGACUGUUUCUUGCACCAUGUGGAGCCAUUCGAUUCCAGUUAUUUAAUUUUCAAGAAGUUAGCAUCAUGAAAGUAUAAUCAAGGGUAACUAUUUUAAAUAAAGAUUUAGGAAAUACGCCCCCGUUCUGUUAAAAGAAGGGUUGUGGUAGGAUGUCCUCCGAGCAACUGGAAGAAAUUCGUGAUAAUGUGUUUUUAUGUAUUGUUAUUUUUUUCCAUGGACCUUUGUAAAAUGUUACAAUUCAGUUUGUUUUACAUACUUAAUAUUUGGUCAUUUGACUCUUACUGAAUAAAUAACACUGUUGUAAUUAUUAUUAUUAUUCCCUUUCAAAGAAAGAAUGUCUGUCUUGUAACAAUUAUUAGUAAUAAUAUAUGAUACA